CGCUUAAAUUAAUGGCGGUCGACCUGAAGGUGAUGCAGGGGGAAGAUUAAAAUCAUCCGAAAUUUACCGACGAAUUAGAUCCUGACAUGCACACUGGCUAAAACCAUAAGAUUCUUCAAAGGCCGCAUAGCUACCAAGAUGGCUUGGCUUCUCGGUGCUAGUGGAAUAGCACUUGUUGCAAGUUAUGUUUAUUCAAACUGGGACUGGUACAAGAACAGUGCAAGGCCUGAUUUAGCUUAUUUGAAAGCCAUUAAACUCAAGACUUUAGAUGGAUUAGGAAGAGAACUGAUGGCAUCUGACCUUUGGCAAAAUAGUGGAGCAGUCAUAAUGGUGGUGCGACGACCAGGAUGAAACUUGUGCAGGGAGGAAGCUUCAGAGCUGUCCUCUCUGAAACCUGAACUGGACCAGAGGGGUGUAAACCUUGUGGGUGUGGUUCAUGAAGAAAUGGGAGUGAAAGAGUUUCAGCCAUAUCUAAAUUCUACAAUUUACCUUGAUGAAGAGAAAAAGUUUUAUGGUCCUGAACAACGGUGGAUGUUUCUUACUGGAUUGUUACGACCAAGUGUGUGGAAGUCAGCAUUUCGAGCCAGAGGCAAGGGAAUUGAGGGCAACCUUAAAGGAGAGGGACGCCUCUUGGGUGGUGUCUUUGUUGUAGGACCUGGAGAGCAAGGCAUAUUACUUGAUCAUAAAGAAAAAGAGUUUGGUGAUAAAGCUGACCUUCAAGCUGUUAGAGAUGCAGUUUUGAAAAUAAAGUCAAGUAACUAGUCAUAGGAAUGGAACUGUCCAAUAAGAAAAUAAUUUUUAAUUUAUUUACUUGAAAACAACUAGAAGGAUAUCCUUUUUUGAUCAGUCAAUUGGGAUCAUAUCUUUGUGAGGUAAAAAGCUACCAUUUCUGUUUAUACUUUUUUACUAUUACUUUUUUUUUCUUUUUAAACUUCUGCUCUACCACCCUAUUUGGUGAAUCAGAUAAUUUUAUUGUACUGUAUAGCUAAUCAACAAGGGUGAUUUUGUGAAAUACAACUGUUGUCACUUCCUUCAAAAUCUUGUGAGUGACUAUCAACAUAGUUAUGUAUUGGGGAAAGAUGUUUUUCAUCUUGUCACAAGCAUGGGACAAAGGAAAAAAAAUCAGAGUCCCCAUAAGGAAUAUAUUUUUUUGAAAAUUAGUUUGUUAAGAGGAUGAAAGUGACAGAAAAUUCAAAAGUUAACCUUCUUGGUGACUUUCAUUGUCUUGCUUAUGACAGCUCAGAUUCAAAUAACUUUUUGUUAGGAUCUUAGCUAGAUGUUAUUGCUCUGCAAGUGGUGAAGUCACAAAAGAGGUAAUUUUGCUGAUAACUUGGUGGUAAUCUAGAAAUGGAAUGGAAGAAAUUAAACAGAUGAAAACUUUCUUUGUCUAGCAUGUAUGGUUCAUUAUUCAAUAAAUGCUCUCCCUCUUUUUCUC